AUGGAUCCUACGAACAAGCCAAAAGGACCAUCUCCCCACUAUUCCCUAUACCAACGGGAAGUUUUCAAAAAUGGCGGUGAAAAAGGCGUCCUUCCUAGUUUCUCGGUACACGCAGAAGAGCUUUCGAACUCUGUGAAAACCAAACUGAACGACCGUGGAUACUUCUAUGUCAAUUCCAAUGCAGGACUUGGCUGGACUGAUAGAGCGAAUAGUCAAGGAGAGUUGGUUCCAGCAAAGAUUGCGGGAGAGCUUGGUCUUCCCGUGCCAUAUGAUGAUACGGGUAUUCAUGGCGAAGGAGCUUCGAAAGCACCGAGGUUCUUUCAGCUUUACAUGGGCCAUGACGACGAAGUGACGAUCAGUCUCCUAGAACGUGCUUGGAAGAGUGGAUUUGACGUCUGUAUGUUAACGUUGGACACCUGGCAGCUUGGAUGGCGGCCUACUGAUAUUAACAUUGCCAACUAUACCUUCUACUAUCCUGGAAGUGUUGGAAAUGAGAUCGGAGAGUCUGAUCCAGUCUUUAUGAGGAAAUAUGGGGACGAGCUGAAGAAAGACAGCGGAAAAUGGAUCGAUUCAUCGGUGUGGCACGGUAAAGCGCACACCUGGGAAAAAAUACCAUGGGUAAUCAAAGAGUGGAAGCGUAUAUCAAACGGUCGCCCAUUCCUUUUGAAAGGCAUACAGAGUGUGGAUGAUGCGCGCAAGGCUUUGGAGCUGGGCUGUGAAGGAAUUGUGGUGUCCAAUCAUGCUGGACGUCAGGUGGAUGGCGCAGUUGGAAGCUUGGAAGUUCUUCCAGACAUAGUCGAUGCUGUUGGAGAUAAAAUGAAGAUCAUCUUCGAUUCAGGAAUAAGGACCGGAGCGGAUAUUUUCAAAGCCAUUGCAUUAGGCGCGCACGCUGUUCAGGUGGGACGCCUUUAUGUCUGGGGAAUGUCACAUGAAGGAGAAAGUGGAUGCCGCCAUGUUAUGAAGAGUCUCCUUGCUGAUCUGGAUAUUUUAAUGACGGUUGCAGGUUAUCAAUCAAUUACCAGUGAUGUUACAAGAAAAGCAUUGCGGUACAAUCCUCACGGAACAUUCCCUGCACCUCAAGAACAUGCAAAGUUAUGA